AUGUUUCUCCUUAGUGCUGAGCAGUUCAGUGAAACCUAUGGUCCUGUGAUGACACUGUACAUGGGCUGGCAGCAGACAGUGGUUCUGGUGGGGUAUGAUGCUGUGAAAGAAGCCUUGGUGGAUCAGGCAGAUGACUUCACAGGCAGAAUGCCCAUACCAUUUCUGUUCAAAGCUACCAAGGGCUAUGGUUUAGCAAUCAGUAAUGGGGAGCGCUGGCGCCAGCUGCAACGCUUCACACUCACAACCCUGAGAGACUUUGGGAUGGGAUGCAAGGGGAUGGAAGAAGGGAUCCAAGAAGUCAGCGAACACUUGAGGGUUCACAUACGUACAUUUAAAGGUGCGUUUUCCGAACUGUAGUAAAGGGACCUCUGGCUAAUACGUCGGGUUCUGUGUCGGGCUCGUAGCCGAAAACUAGCUUUACUUUGUUGUCGAUUAAGGUGAAACUCGGGCCGAUCCCCAAAAUGGUCAAACCUUCAUUUCUGGUCUUCACCAUGAAGACAUUUUUCAUUGUCAUUGUCAUCAUGCUGCUGAAGCACCAUGUCUGCAGUCUGCAGUUAACUUGUAAUAUGUAACUCUGUUAUAUCAAUAAUUACUUAUUAUUUGCUUAAUAACAAGACUUUAAUCAAAAAAAGUGAGUAUUGUAGAAGCUUAAUUCACAAAGCUUCUACAAUACUGUCAUCUAUUCUUCCAUUUAAAGGUGCAUUUCAUGAUCCAGUUGAUACUUAACAUUAGAUAUUAGAUAAAUAUAACCCUUCAACUAGAUGAACUGCAAACUGCUCAAAUUAGACUCUUUCAGUCCCCUGGCUAACCACGUGACUUUAAAAAAAUAAUAAUUUUGGACCCUCUGACAAAGUAAGAUAGGGAACAACAAAAGACACACUUAACAAUUACAAAACUCUCAUUUAACAUAACAUCAG